GCUAGCAAUGCACAACAGCUAACGCUAAGCAAUCAGUGUUCAAAACAAAAGCUGUCGGAGGCACGUUAUCUUGUGUAUCACCAAUUUCGCUGUUGAUAUGCAGCUGUAGACGUAAUUUUAAACAGUGUUGAGGAAUGGUCUGACUGCUGUGGCACCAGUGAAGAUGCACAGCCGUCUGCAGGAGUUGAAGAAGGAAGAGGAGACUCUCCUCAAAAUCAAAGUCAUGCUACAAGACCAGCUGAACAGGCUGAAGUUUGAAGAGGGGGCGUUGAAAUCAAUCAUUAAUGCUCAAACAGAUGAAGGAGCCGCUCAACACCAAUCCCCAGAAACUGAGGUUCAUAUUAACCUUGAUGAUGAGAGCGAGAUCAAUCGCACCAAACUGCUACUGAAUGCCGCUGUAGAUUACGAUAUGGAGGAGGAGGAUGAGGAGGAAGAAGACGAUGAGGACGAAGAUGAAGAGGAUGAUGAAGAUGAUGACAAUGAACUGGAGUUUGUGCCUGAGGGGGAUGAAGAUGAAGACGAUUACUGAGAUUUUCAGCUUCCCCAGUGUUCCCCAGUGGGACUUCAGUAUUUGCACCAUUGAAGAACUACCGUGUGUAGAUGGACAGUUGUUUAUUUGUUCACCUGUUUUGUACUUUGACUUAUGAAGUUAAGAAGUUUAAUUUAUUUGAAUGGAGUGAGUAACAGUUAGUGUGAUGAUGUGUGGUGCUAACAGUAUCCUCUCCUUUGCCUUCUUAAAGGCAUAUCAUCCAGAUUUCAAAACAUGUUAGGAUUCAUGUGUCGAAUUUUGUGAGAAAUGUCUCACUGAAAAAAGACAGUGUUAUUAUAGUAGGUGCUUAUAGGUUACCAGACAUAAUAAUAAGCUGAGUAGCAAUUCAGUUGAGAAUCAAAACUCAGAUGUUGAGAUGUGUUUGUUAGCAUUAAACUAUAUGGCUGGGCCAUAUAAGAGGACUGUGUGUCUGCAUAUGUACAAAAUGAUUAUUGUAAGCACAAAAUAAAAUUUUUUG